AACCUCACUUAGCCAGCCUUUCCCGUUGACAAAGCCAACCUCAUACUCUCUUUCUCUCCCUCUCCUUUACUCUCUCACUCUCUCUUCCUCUCCCUCUCUCUCUAAAUGGAUGCUCUUAGCUUUGUGAAAUUUUGGCUAACCAAUAACACCAACGGCAAUAAACCCUGCCGUGAAAUCAGAAUCUCAGAAUCCGCCGUCGAAUCCUCCACCGCAUUGGGAGACUCCGAAGUUGAUCUCUGCGAAGAAGACGAUUCUUUCUUCGAGCUCGAGAUCUCUCUCUCCGACUUCUCCUUAAAGAAAAACAAAAUUCCUGAAGAAACAGAAGAAAAACAGAACACGUUCCCUGUCUCCAAAAGCAAAGUCCUCCCUUUCGUCGAAACCACCUCGAAACCUCAAUCUCCAAUCACUCUCCUACAACCCAGUGAAAAGCUCCGUGCUUUCUCCUUCAAGAAGUCAACGACGACGGAGAAGAAAGAACCCAACAGCAGAAGCCUCAACGUAAGGUUCAGAUUCGAAGACGAGACAACGAGGUGUGAAGACUCUGCUUCCUCCGUUCCUUCCUCCUCAAAAAGAUUCUUUGAUCUCAUUAAGCCAUUGUACAAUAAAACAACGAAAAAACAGAGCAUCAACAGUGUAUCCACUUCACCGGCGGCGAGAGAGAAACAGAGGAGUAAUAUUACUCGAAGUGUGAGGAGACAACUUGGGAAGAGCCGGUCGGCGUCUGCGGCUGUCGGAGCCAUGUCUCCGGUGAAGAGACUCGACGAGUCUUUACAAGUGCAACAAGAUGGGAUUCAAAGUGCGAUUCUCCAUUGCAAGAAAUCGUUUCACGGUUCGAGAGAAUCUUCUAUGUUGUCCCGAUCUACUAGUGAAUCUUCCUCACAAGAGAAACUCAGUACUUCGUCUUCUGAAGAUUCGUAUUUGUUUUCAAGAAUGUCAAGCGAUUCAAUGUCGGAGAAAUCAAUCGAUAGUCUGACUUCAAUCAAGGAACAGAGGGAGAAGAUUAGCGAUUAGCUUUAAUUUUGUCAUAAGAAAGAAAACGAAUUAGAUCGGAGGAAUUUUAGUCUUUUAAAAAUUAUUGUAAAAAAACUUAGUUUGAAGUGGUGAAUGGUGAUGAUGAUGGCAAAACAGACAAAAUCUUGUUGCAGGAUCAGCAGAGUCUCAGAUUAGUGAUGGCUCUUUCUUUUGCCUUUGUAUUGUGAUGGAUCAUUAUGUGAAUCCUGACACCUAGAAAUUUGAAAAAAUAUG